GUAAUUGGGACGAAACCACCCGCAUUCCGUCACGUGAUCAAAUACGGUCGGCCAUAUUUGCGGAAGAAAUUGGCGUAUUGUCAUUGAAUUAUUGUGUAGAUUACAGGGUAUCGUAACUAGGCCUAACAGAUUUAGACGUAGUAAACAUUGAGUCAGUAUGAGUUCAAACACAAGAGGAAAAAUCCCGACGGUUGAGGGAGUGUCGCAGUUGGACAUUGGAAGGACUACAUCCACAUCGAGGCAGAAAAAGGUGUUUUCCUCCCCCGACUCACCAGUCAUCAACAUGGGGUCGCCAUUUUAUGAAAGUUUCAAAAAGAUUGGAAUUCAAGACAAUCCACCUGAUUAUUCUAAAAAGAUUGAUACUUCUGAGCCUUCAAAGAAAAAUGGCACAUCUUGUGUGGUCACUGCUAGCACACAUGGCAAAAACAAAGUCAUGGCACCCAGAAGUGAAGACUUUCCUUUGAAACUGCCAGAAAAAGAUCUGUUGGACACAUCAGAUCUUCAUCUCCUGGAUCAACUGGAUGCAGAUUAUGGUGUCAAUCCAUCACUUGGUUCUCGAGUGGAGUUCAGGGUAUCAGAAUCUGUGUGGAAUGAGCAGUUCCAAGUGCCACAGAGCCAGAGCAUGUUUUCAGAGAGCCAAUCCUCAGGAACACAGGCAUUUCCAACAGCAGGGCAGACCUUUAAUGAAAAGCUGCCCAUUCAAUAUAAAGAGUUCACUGAUCAAGAUGGCUUCUUCCUAGAUGGUUUCUCAAAUGCUCUGGCAGUUGGUUACCAGGUAGAGGAAGCUAGCCAAAGGCAAGUCGUACAGGGAGAUCCCAAAGUGAUCAAUAUAGACAUGGGGCUGUGCGAGUACUUAAUGGGAUACAACACUGGAGAAGGCGCUGGUCAGGAAGUAACGUGUGGUGAUCUGAUUUCUGACAUGCCCCGAGACACAUAUAUUUUAAAUGACAUCAUCUAUGGAACGGACAAAGCAGUAGAAGAAUUGGCAACCAAUCAUGGAAAUGAAUUGCUGAAAUCCGGUGUCCAUGGCGUGUAUAGUGAGCCGAGGUUUGAGGUUUUGAAGCUUGACUGUCAGGAUUCCUCCAGCAUUUAUUCAGAGCUCCUUGGGAGAGGCACAUUUGGUGUAGCCAUCAAGUGCAUUGUGUCAAAGGAUUUUGUGUUCGUGAUAAAGAAGGUGACACAAAAGUUCCACCCAGAGGAAGUGAUGUUUACUCUCAACAACACACACCCAAACAUCAUCAAGUCCUACGCACUGGUGCUCAGACACGGAACCCCCGAAAUCAUCAUGGAGUAUGCAGGGCAGUCAUUGCUGAGUCUGGUGAAUGAGAGGAGGAUGUUACCCGAGUCCACCAUCUGGACACUCAGCUGGGAACUGUGUUGUGGACUUGCAUUCCUGGACACGAAAAAUGUCAUUCACUUUGAUAUUAAACCCGAAAAUAUCUUCAUUAUGGGGGAUAGGGAUGGUGGGUACUCCCUGAAGAUUGGCGACUUCGGUUCAGCUAGAAUGCCUGGGGGCCCCAUAGAAAUGUCAGCCUGGACUCCAGAAUACUUGGCUCCAGAAAUGGGGCAGCUGUUUUUGAGAAAAACCGUAAACGCCAAGGUACUUAAAAUUCAGAAGACGGAACAGGAAAUAGAGGACACCCUCCAGUCAAAGACGGACAUGUUCCCGGCCGGUCUCGUGGUGGGCUUCAUGUUCACUGGAGAGCACCUGCUGCUGAGCUACAUCAGAAGGACCAAGCCAAAUGUCAAAGAUCAAAACCAGCAGCGUUUGGCUGUUAUAGGACAUGUUUCCCACCAGGAAAACUUAGGCGAGAUGUUGAUUCCUGAGUCAGCCGGCCCCGAGAUGAAGGCAGUGCUGAAGGGAAUGCUUCAGUUUGAUGUGACCAAGCGAUCGUCGGCCAAGGAGACGCGAAACUUAAUGACAGAUCUAUCAGCAAAGAGAAACUAUGUGACGUAUUCAACAACACAAAUGGAUGUAAAAAGUCAACCUGCUAAAGUCCUUGUCAACUCGGAAGUUGGUGACAGCAUGGAAAAGAGAAUAAUACCGAAGAAAUCCAAAACAAGGACCAGACAGUCUAGGCCCAAGAAUGAACCGAAACCCGUGGCAUCACAGAUGACUAAGCUGUCGUCAAAAGGGGAGGAAAUCAUGAGUGAGAACAAGCAACUUAGGAAGCGCAUGGUGAGGAACGAACUCAAGAGAAAGCUAAAAACCCAGUCCCCUAGACCAGCCGCGAAAGUCAUGAGAACAGCCGAGGCAAAUCGGGAGUCCAUGGAGCUCGGCUACUGUGGUUCCAGGGAGGGGAACCAGUGUUGGUCUGGCAUGGGGAACCAGUGUGAGGUCAGUGAGGAAAGUGAAAGAGGGUUUGGUGAAGCUUAUGUUCCUCUGGAGCAGCCAUUCCCAGAAAUUCGGAUCAGUGAACAUCAACACCCCAUCUGCCAGGCAGAGGAUGACUGGUCCAUUCAGGAGACCUCUCCCGGUAACAUACCAGACUUUGGGUGUCUUGGAAUUGAUUAGGAUGACUGAUCCAUUCAGGAGACCUCUCCCGGCAACAUGCCAGACUUUCAGUGUCUUAGAAUUGAUUAGGGUGACUGAUCCAUUUAAGAGACUGCUCCUGGCAACAUACCAGACCAUGGGCGUCUUGGAAUUGAUUAGGAAUUGUAACAGGAUUAAUUUUUAGGUUAUCAAAAUUUGAAAGUUGAAAAUAUUAUUGAUGUAAAUAUUGUUAUGAUUUAUAUAUUCGCCUGAGCUGAAAGCUCAAGUAGUUUGAUCAAAAUUUGUCUCUCUGUAAAUGGUCACUGUGAGCUCGGUUUUAAAGCAUUCGCUUUGUGACCGAGAGGUGGUCAGUCCGAGUCCAACUUGUGCCUUGGCCAUGUCAAACCAAGAUGCAAGUAAAGGAAUAACCUUUGCCAAAUGUGCCGCAGGUCUUGUGGAUGGGUCCAUAUAAAUCGACACCUCAUGUUACAUGCUACAGAUCUAUGCAGAGAUGUGGGUGAGGGGAUUUUAAGUUUGAUAAAAUGAUGAAUCAGACUCCCAUAGAAGGGAUGAUAAGUAAGAAAUUUUUUAAAUAGCAUUGUAUGGUUUCAAAAUCUCAGGGAUUGCUCGACCAGAAACGCAUAUCAUGUAGAAAAGCUUCUACAUAUUUGAUGAAGACUCAAGUUUGUAAAAAAAAAAAAAAAACCAAUUGUGAUUCACAAUGCUUGGGUGGAGCCAUGAUGGAGAAGUAAAGCUGUACAUAGAAUCGUCUAAAGCACCAGCAGUGUACAGUAUGCAUGCAUUCUCUUGUGACUUAAAUUCAAAUUCACACCAUGAUUCACAUUCACUAAAAAGUAUAUAUAAAGUUCUUUGCAAUCUUUUUAGGAAUGGAAUUAAUAUUCAGUAGUCCUGAUUUCAUGUUUCUUCACACCAUGUUCUGUGUGGCAAUAUUGGGGAUUAAUGUUUUUUAUGGGAAACGGCAAAUGCCCAGGUGAGCGAUAUGGCCCAUAGCCCUCUUGUUUUAUGCACUGAAAUCCAAGAUUUUCUUUUCUUUUUUAACCAUGACAUGCAUGUAAUUUUUUUUGUUUUUUAUGCAUGAUAAUUAUACACUACAUACAUGUAUGUAUAUAAUGCCGCAUAGGAGGUUUUUCCACGGUAUGAUUAAAUUUGGCUUAUUUUAGCGGUUAGAUAGCUUGCUGUUAAAAUUUCACUUGCCAAAUAUGCACCCAAAUGUGACUUCAGUAUUUGCAAGAGAUAUUACUCUCCCUUGUCUGCCAAUAUUUAUUCCGCUAAAAUUAUGAGCAUACCUUUGAGCCAGCAAAUCACCAAAUUUUAGACCCACAGAAAAAACCUACGUGUGUGUGCAUACGCGCACUGUGUCUUGUUUGUCAUGAAGUUGUUGUAGAGAUAAAUGCAAUAUGUCUACCUUUAGUCUCCUGGAAACUUUUACAUGUAUUUAUUAUCCAUAUGAUGUCCAGUUUUAUUUUGUAAAAUUAUCCAAUAAAAUCAUCAAACAAUA